AUGUACGCUGAUGUUUUUUCUUUACUACAACGAAGAGAAACAGAACGAUUCUGUUUAUAUCCGAGCUCUAUCGUACAAAGUUUCUCUGACAGCCUUCACUAUGAUUAUUUAUUUCUUACUCCGCCUGUAUGCAACCCAGUCGACGCACGUAUAUCACAAAAGCGUGAUUUAACAAAGUCACAGGAUAUGAACAGAUGUGUUAAGCGGAACAAUGCAUUCAUUUACUCAGCUCUUCGUUCAUCCGAAUUGCAUAUCCAUUCCGGUGGUCGUGCACUGAGUGCUCUUCAACGUCUUUUAAACUUUUUUGAAUCCAAUCCAAAGAACUUAAACGUUGACGGUCUGUAUGGGUUACGCAUCGCUCAAGGUCAACUUCAAGCUCUAGAACAAAUGUUCAAAUCAGCCGAAAGUAAACGAACGCAUCUGACCGAUCACAAUCGAAUCGUUUCAAUGCUAUUGACGCAAACGGAACGCAUUGCUAAUAUAAGUUUAGAUGCACUUGUAUCUGAACAAACAUCGUAUCUGAACCAAUUCUUUCUGGUCGCUUCGAAACCAUUCGUAAUCGAAUAUGAAAGUCGACGAAUUGAUAGAAAUUUUAUCGUGCCAAAUCAACGGAGUUCACGAUUCGAUGAGGAUGAUUCGGACCAAUGUUUUGUUCAAUUAUUUGAAUCCAGUCGUCGCGCCGAUGUACAAAAAUGCACGAUCAGUGAAUCAUGUUGGUCAAUGCUAACAGAUCAAAUUGGCAAAGAUUAUCGGUUAACUCAUCAACUUCUCUGGUUUCUAAUUGCAAAAAACAUCGGUUGCAUCAAUCAAAAGUCUGCCGCUCAACAUUUAAAUCGUUUAGAAGAUCUCUUCUGUACCAACAUAUACGAAGAUGCGAAGCUGAACUUUGUCAAUCACAUCAACCAAGAUCUCUUUCUCGAACAACUAUUACUUUGUUCCAUGAUUGGUUAUCAAGAUUUUCUCCGUUCAGACUGGUUUCAUGAAAUUCUGACUUGGCAACAUCCGGAAUACGAUUGUUUCAGUGAAGAAUCGGAACAAAUGGGAUAUCGUUCAAGAAACAGACGGCAUUUAUUGGUUGAACAGGAAAUGGAUCAUGGAUGCUUAGCUCACAAGAGUGGAUUAGCAGCUGGCUUAUUAGCUACUUAUUCGCGAGUUUUUCUACAAGAAUAUUGA